AUGCCCACGGUACUGCUCGCGGGCUUGCGACAACCACUGGACCUGUGGCUCCGUCGUACCGGUUUGUAUGACUUUCAUGUUGAGAACGGGGCAAAGAUGGUGCCGUUCGCAGGGUUCGAGAUGCCCCUAGCGUAUGGUAAUGUUGGGCAAGUUGCAAGCCACACCCAUGUGCGCACGAGCGCGGGCCUGUUCGACGUCGGACACAUGGUCCAGUCCAUGUUCCGCGGCCCAACAGCGACCGAGUUCCUCGAAUGGCUCACCCCGUCCUCGCUCGGUGGGCUCGCUCCGUACUCCUCAACGCUGUCGGUGCUGCUUAACGAGCGCGGCGGGAUCAUCGACGACACUGUCAUCACCAAGCACGCCAAAGACGCGUUUUACGUCGUCACCAAUGCCGGCCGUCGCGAUGCGGACAUGGCGUGGUUUAAGGAGAGAUUAGAGGAGUGGAAUACGGAAAGGGGCGGGAAGGGGGGAGGCAAGGUGGAGUGGGAGGUGUUGGACGGGUGGGGGCUCGUUGCGCUGCAGGGGCCGGAGUCGGCGGGUUAUUUGCAGGCUCUGACGUCGUUCGACCUAAAGGGGCUUACUUUCGGUCGGUCGGCAUUCGUCCCCGUGGAGGGUUUCAACCUUCACGUUGCCCGAGGCGGAUACACGGGUGAAGACGGUUUCGAGAUCUCAAUACCCCCGCAACAUACCGAGACCGUGACCCGCCUGCUAACCAAGUCGCCCGUGCAACUCGCCGGCUUGGGGGCGCGCGACUCGCUCCGUCUCGAAGCGGGCAUGUGUCUGUAUGGUCAAGAUCUCGAUGAGGAUACUACGCCCGUCGAGGCCGGUCUCUCAUGGGUCAUUGGCAAAGAUAGGCGCGAAAAUGCGUCUUUCAUUGGCGCUCAGGGCGUAUUGAAGCAUCUGAAGGAAGGACCACCUAGAAGGCGCGUUGGAUUCGUAGUCGAGGGAGCUCCUGCCAGACAGGGUGCGAAGCUGUUCACCCCGGGAGGCGAAGCGUCUAUCGGCACUAUCACAUCUGGGAUUCCCUCACCCACCCUCGGCAAGAACAUCGCGAUGGGCUACGUCACGUCCGGGAACCACAAGAAGGGGACCGAGGUCGAAGUCGAGGUGCGCAACAAGCGGAGAAAGGCGAUCGUUACGCCCAUGCCGUUCGUCAAGCCAAACUACUACCGGGGAUGA